AUGAUCUCUAUCAUGUAUACAUUGACUUACGGAAUUAGUCUUGUACUCAUUACAACAUUGACUUUGCUCAUCAUCCCAAUUCCAAAAGUUGUGAAGAAACAGAUCCUUAAAUUAACGAAGGCAGUUGUUAAGACUAAAAUCAUCUCAAUCACCGUGUUAGUCUUGGUCACUCUGUUGUAUGCCGAGUCUUUUUACAGAAUGAAAAGAUAUGAGGCGAUUAAAGAUGAGAUGCCCGUCGACACCCAAAUUAACACUAGAAUUGCAAAUUACACGGAACUUUUCAGGAGCCAAAGGAACGCAUAUAUCAACUUCUUUAAUCUCCUCUUAGUCAUCAUCUUGUGGAGAGUCGGUUCGUUGGUGAAUAAAUUAAUUAAUUAA